CUAAGUUGAGAAAGAUGACCGUCGUAAACGCUCCUGCAACAGUGCUCGUCACCGGUGCCAACGGCUACAUUGGCGUAUGGAUCUGCCGUAUUCUGUUAGAGAACGGAUAUUCUGUCCGAGGCACGGUGCGCGCAGCGUCGAAGGGGGACUAUCUGAAGAAGCUGUUCGAAAAGGAGGGAGAGAGGUUCGAAUAUGUGAUCGUGAAAGAUAUCACUGUUGAUGGUGCGUUCGACGAGGCUGUCAAAGGUGUACAUGCAGUGGUGCAUACCGCCAGCCCGGUAACGCUCAAACCCCAGCAUCCGGACGCGCUCAUUAAGCCCGCUGUGAUAGGCACUCUCUCUGUCCUAACAAGCGUGGACAAGUAUGGGGCUGACGUAGGCAGAGUGGUCAUGACCAGCUCGUCCGCUACCUUUGUUGAGCCGCAUAAAGACGGUUAUGUAUAUACCGAGAAAGACUGGAAUGAAUAUUCCGUACGUGAGGUGGAAGAGAAAGGGGACAAGGCCGCCCCUAUGCACGUAUAUCGGGCGAGCAAGACGCUCGCCGAACGGAAGGCGUGGGACGUGGAGAAAGAGAAGAAAGGGAAUUGGGAUCUGGUCACUAUCCUGCCGCCUUAUGUCUUUGGGCCAUUGCUCCAGGAGGUAGCAGGGAAGGACUCACUCAACGCCUCGGUGCAGAUCCUCUACGACGCUGUGCUCACCCCUAUGACGGGCGAAGUACUGUACCAGUUCAUGGGCUCCUGGGUUGAUGUGCGGGACGUGGCUCUCGCACAUGCUCUCGCCUUGCAAAAAGAGGAGGCUGGGGGGGAAAGGAUUAUCGUUUCCGCCGGUCAGUUAACAUGGCAAGAUGUGUACGAUGCACUCUCUUCCCCUUCCCUCGAUCCUCCGUUCCCGAACGCGCCUAAAGGUACCCCAAGCGCGCAACGCAAGGGUAUGCAAUUCUAUUCGACCGAGUUCUGCAACAAGCUGUUCGGGAUCCAGUUCAAGGGCUUAGGAGAGUCGGCGAGGGAUACUAUGUUUAGCGUUUGGGAUAGAGACUAG